GUGAGCAGUUAGGCUGCGGUUAUUAUUCCCUACUUAAACAGCUUAAAACGAGAGUUGAACAUGUAAACAGAGACAAUGGCAGCAGCAGAAUCCGACAGCCAAGGAAAAGGCCUACCAGUGAAGACAAUGGUGGUGAUGCUGCCAUCAAAAGAGAGAUCUGAACUUGAUAGCUAUGGUUGCAUCAACUGGCAACCCACAACUCUACCAGAAGGAGAAACGGCAGAAACCUUGGAGACAAAAAGACAGACUAUGUCAACUGUCUUCAAAUCAGCAGGACCUCAAACUAUUGAGACGACAGAUGUAAAUGAAUUUAUGUCAUUGACUUAUACUUACCAGAGGCACAUGCUAAAUUCUUGGCCUGCCCCCACCUUAUGUGAGAUUCAAGAGCAUUGGCCAUUUCUUUUUACUAAAGGCCUCUGCACUCACUUCCACACACUCACAGAUAUUGAGGUAGACACACGCCUCAGUGAAGCUCUUCUUACGAAGGGAAGGAGAAUUUGGAACUUCUUUCAAAGCCAGAGACUUAAGUGGAACAAGGAGACUGAACAUCUGCUACGUGAGUGUGACAGCGCAGAGUUGAACCACCACCAGAUCGCCACAACAGCCAUCCUUCUACUGAUGAAGUACUUCCAAGAAAAAGAGGACUCAAUCUUCGUCUUGGCUGAUGCAUCUUCCACCAAGAUGUCUGUUGAGAGGGAGAUGACCUCAGCCACCACAUCAAGGGUAAUCGUGCUUGGGAAUAGUUUGGUGUCUGCAACCUGGUGGAUGGUCAGUAUGGAGGGCAAGGUAUUUUACGAGCCUGAGCAGCUGCAUGACUUUGCCAGCGCCCUUGCUGUCUUCUUUGCGUCAUACUACGUCUUCAACCUGGAGUAUCAGGAGUCAGCGUCCACCACGCUGGAGAUGAUACAGAGAUUCUUUGUGAGGAUCAACCCAGACGUGGGUACAAAAUGCCCUGCCAAACUCGGUACGAGCUGCAAGACAGGAAGUGUUGUCAAGAGAAAAGUGGCAAGCAGCAGCUCUCAGGUCACCACCUUCCUCCAGCGACUCACUGAAUUUGAAUGGAGGACUUCCAACUAGGUGGCGAUAAAGAUCAUUGAUAAGACUCAGCUGAACCCGACCAUCCUGCAGAAGGUGAGAAACUCAACAACUCAGCUGUUCAGAUCAUUGAUUAGUUUGGUUUUCCAGCAGCACUGAGUGACUGUUUUCAUAUUAACUGCUGUCCAGUAACAGCCAGGAAACACUGGCUUUAAAGACAGAGAAACAAACAUGAUAUUAUAGUUCAUUAACUGAGUUUCUUACAGAGCAAACGUGUUACACAUACUACACACUGUAGUAUGUGUAACAAUAAUGUGGUCUUUGCUGUUUGGCAUUUAAUUUAUGUACAUGUUGGUGGAUAUGUUCUGUUUUGAGAACAAAGUUAAAUAUUGCAAAAACGUUGUAAAAAUGUGGAAAAAAAAGGAACAGUCACAUCCUGUGUUACUUAUCAAUAAAAUUCUAGUGAAAAUUUACUGGGGACCCCCUGAUAAUUAUUAUUAUUUUUUUUUUUAUGAUUUUUUUUUUUUUUUUGACUGACUGACAAACAGAUGACAGACAGACAGGUGACUGACAGACAGACAGGGGACUGACAGACAGGUGACAGACAGAAUAAUUCAUUUAUUCAUUCAAUGUUCAUGUUGGUGGAUAUGUUCUGUUUUGAGAACAAAGUUAAAUGUUGGAAAAUGUUGUAAAAAUGUUUUUUUUAAAAGGAAAAGAAAGUUGCUUUUAAGCUUUCAAGUGUUUAUUAUUAAAAGUGUAUGAAACCCAUGACAGAAACAGUCAUAUUCUGUGUAACUUAUCAGUGAAAUUCUAGGGAAAAUUUACUGGGGACCCCGUGAUUAUUAUUAUUUUUUAUGAAUUUCUUUUUUUGACAGACGGACGGACGGACGGACGGACGGACAGACAGACAGGGGACUGACAGACAGACAGACAGGAGACAGACAGGGGACUGACAGGAGACAGACAGGGGACUGACAGACAGACAGGAGACAGACAGACAGACAGACAGGAGACAGACAGGGGACUGACAGACAGACAGACAGGAGACAGACAGGGGACUGACAGACAGACAGAAUAAUUCAUUUAUUCAUUCAAUGUUCAUGUUGGUGGAUAUGUUCUGUUUUGAGAACAAAGUUAAAUGUUGUAAAAAUGUUUUUUUUUAAAAGGAAAAUAAAGUUGCUUUUAAGCUUUCAAGUGUUUAUUAUUAAAAGUGUAUGAAACCCAUGACAGAAACAGUCAUAUUCUGUGUAACUUAUCAGUGAAAUUCUAGGGAAAAUUUACUGGGGACCCCGUGAUUAUUAUUAUUAUUUUUUAUGAAUUUCUUUUUUUGACAGACAGACAGACAGACAGACAGGGGACUGAUAGACAGGCAGACAGGGGACUGAUAGACAGAUGACAGACAGACAGACAGGCAGACAGACAGGUGACAGACAGACAGACAGACAGACAGGUGACAGACAUGUUGGUGGAUAUGUUCUGUUUUGAGAAUUAAGUUAAAUGUUUAAAGGUUGUAAAAAUGUAAAAAAGAAAAAAAAAAGUUGCUUUUAAGCUUUCAAAUGUUUAUAGAAAGUGUAUGAAACCCAUGACAGAAACAGUCACAUCCUGUCAUUGUGUUAUUUGAAAUGAAAUGAAAUGCAUGAAAUUCUAGUGAAAAUAAUUUGCUGGGGACCCCUGAAAAUCCUUCAAGGACCCACUCUGUCUUUAUUUAGUUUUUUAUAGCCUUUUGCUACCUUAUUGUUGGCACUUAAAUGAUGCUCAUGUGCUCAUAUUGGUGCAUGUGUACAAUUUUACAAAAUUUGUCAUGUCCUAUGGUGUAUUCGAUUUAUUUUGGUUUGUGACAUUGUUUUUAUGCCAUUGAAAAUGGAUUUAAUUGUUAAAAAUCCGUUGACAAUAAAUGCCUGUU